UUUGUCUGUCCCAAUUCCGCUAUGAAUCAUACUUCUACCAUGAUUUCUAAAUGCUUUGAUAGUAUUAAUAUCGUGUCCGGACCCCCGAUCUGACCUUAUAUCUUUAAAUCGCGCGCUUACUAUCGGUACUAAUUUCCCCUCACUCGUUAGCCACAUACACUCCGACAGUUCCAUCUCGCGUGAUUGACUUCCUCGUUUCUGCUAUCUGAUCCGCACUGGUCAGCUGGCUGUUCGUUAUGCUAGUACUUUAUCCUCGGCUACUACUCCAUUGACUUUCUGGCGGUUGUGUCGUUCGUCAAGACCAUGAUCUACUAAAAUGUCGCCGGACAAGUGAAUGGUCGUCAGCAUUGGUGGAUAUUCAUAUCAUAUAUACUCAUUCAUUACUCUUUGGCAUCCAAUAAUUAUUUAAGUACAUCUCUACAAGCAUCCAGGCGGAUGGCGAGGAUCAAAAAAGGAGUGUUUUCUUGGGAGGACGUGCUGGCUCAGCGGUAUCAAAAUAACAAACCGACCGCAUUGCCCAGAUCCAGAAGAGCCAGCGCGAUUUCUGGUCGGGCGCAAACUGAGAAACGGUCAAGUCCCGCGUCAGAAGGGACUGUACAGGUACAGAGCGACCUGUUGGCGAAGUUGUCUCCUGAGCUCCGCCUCAUGAUCUGGGAGAUGGUCCUGGGUGGAAUGCGUAUACAUAUUGUACAGCGGCCCGAUCGCCGAAUGAGCCACGUGCUAUGUCCUCUUACGAAUACCUGCGACAUCUGUCGGGGGGAUUUGCCGCAGCCGGUAAAGGGCAGGGCUCGAACGAUCGGUAACCUGUUGGCGCUUCCGAUGACCUGCAGGCAGAUUCAUUGCGAAUCUAUUUAUAUGCUUUACACCAUGAAUACCUUCGAGUUCAGUAACACUUGGUCACUCACUUACCUCCGUCCGACUAUACCCCCGGACCUUUGGGACGCAAUCCGCGAAGUUGAACUUCGCUGGGCCUUCCCGGGCCACUGGCUCCCUAGCAAGGACCCCGUCAAGACUGUCUACUUCUCCGCUGGCCGACAGCAGUGGGUUGAGACCUGCAAGGCAUUGACGCGGAUGAAGGGUCUUCAGUCCUUCACGCUCCAGCUGAGCGGCAGCUGGUUCUGCGAAGCGGUGGAGAAGAUCCCAGUUUUCCUGGAACCGUUGCGGGAUCUGAAUCUAAAGCAAGGGUGGAAGCUGCAGUUACCCGAGCAGCCGUAUUAUGUCAAGGAGAUCCGAAAUAUAGAUGGGGAUCUGCGCAGGAGAGGUAUUGAAUGUUUGGUGCGGGCGGCGUAAACCAGAGCUGUCGCACAUGCUACCUUUUAUUCCUAUAUGAGCGUGUGAAUUCAUUAAAGACCUGGUCCCGGGCCGGUGCUUUUAAGACCAUUCUAUUAUGUUGGUAGGUAUAUACACUGCAGGUCAGCUGUACACGUCGGCAGUAUGCUACGCAGCAUACAUACCAACGCAAAUAGAGGAGCCUUCACACCUAGUCGGCAUCAGACCAAACAGACGAUGGCUUGACCUAUACACAGCACUCAUACAUCCGAAAGGGGGAUAUUGACACUCCAGAACGCUCCCCGACUACGUAGUACGUAGUAUCAGUAUAGUGGGGCAAAAAAGGGGGCUUCUGUAUAUCAACCGACAGCUAUCAUAAGCCCACGAUGAUCCCAUCCUAGAGUCCAAGCACGUGCGCCCCGUAAUUGGCCCGAAGUCCAAAUAGCCUAAAUUGCCGGGGAAUGAGACGGGAUUCUUACCGAUAUUAAUUCAUGCAGCC